GCGGGCGCCUCUGGCUGCGCGCCGGGGGAGCCCGGUGCGCCUCUGCCUGGUGCUGCGCUCACGUCCCAGUGCCGGGCAGCGGGCGGGCGGAACAUGAGCGGGGACGGCUCUGCCCAGCGCUGCGACCACCAGCAGCCGCUGCCGGCGGAGGAGAGCCCGGCCAUCAGCGCCGUCAUGUUCUCGGCCGGGCUGCUGGGCAACCUGACGGCGCUGGCGCUGCUGGCCCGGCACCGGCUGGGACGGCGCGGCCGGCCGCUCUCCCUCUUCCACGUGCUGGUGACCGUCCUGGUGCUCACCGACCUGCUGGGCACCUGCCUGGUCAGCCCCGUGGUGCUGGCCUCCUACGGCCGCAACCGCACGCUGCUGGCGCUGGCCGAGGGCGGGCGGCUCUGCCUCUACUUCGCCUUCGCCAUGAGCUUCUUCGGCCUGGCCACCAUGCUGGUGCUGUUCGCCAUGGCGCUGGAGCGCUGCCUGGCCCUGGGCCGGCCCUACCUCUACGAGCGCUUCCUCCGCCGCCGCUCGGCGCUGCCGCUGGCCCUGCCGGCCCUCUACGCCCUGGCCGCCGCCUUCUGCGCCCUGCCGCUGCUGGGCUUCGGCCGCUACGUGCAGUACUGCCCGGGCACCUGGUGCUUCAUCCAGAUGCGCCUAGGGCGCGCCGCGCAGGAGGCCCCCGGCGCCUGGGAGGACGCCUACUCGCUGCUCUACGCCACGCUGCUGCUGCUGCUCAUCCUGGCCGUGCUGCUCUGCAACCUGAGCGUCAUCCGCAACCUGGUGGGCAUGCACCGCCGCGGGCAGACCUCCCGCCGCCUGGCCUCGCUGGAGCAGCCCGCCGGGCGCCGCAGGCUCUCCAUGUCCGAGGAGGUGGAUCACCUCAUCCUGCUGGCCAUCAUGACCAUCACCUUCAUCGUCUGCUCCCUGCCCUUCACGAUUCGUGCCUAUAUGAACAAGUUUAUGCAAAACGAAGACUAUAAGAAGGACCUUCUAGCGCUGAGGUUCUUAGCAAUUAAUCCAAUUAUUGACCCGUGGGUGUUUGUCAUCCUUAGACCUUCGGUUCUGAGGGUAAUCCGUUCUGUACUGUGCUGUCGGAUAUCCCUAAAGACCCAAGCGAACAUGCAGACGACUCCUGCUGCAGAGUCAAAAUCUAAUAAGCAGAUUGACCUUUGCGGGCAGUAGUCCCAGCAGCUUUCAGUGGAAACAUCUGGAAGAUCAUGCUGAAAUGACUCCUCAGAGUAAUGAACAAACUUAGACGUAUAAACACGAUGGGAAGCUGUGCUUUUUCGGUUAAUAAACAAAUAGAUUUACUGUCCAAUGGAUUGAGCUGCAGUCUGGCUGACAAGACACGGCAGGAUUUGUCAAAAAGCACAAGGGGAGUCCAUUUAAAGUGAGUAUUUUCUAUUUAUGGGACGGCAUCCUCAAGGUUAAUCAAUAACUGGAUUUCUGUUGCCACUAGACAGGCACUUUCACGUUGAACUAAAGACUCUAGUGCGUUUGAAACGCUAAGAAGCUAGUGGCUAUUUACUGUAAGUCUCGGAGACAAACGUUUUCUCUGACACUGCCUUGUGGUACAGUUUGGUGGGGAGACACAGAAGAGUUAAUCAUAUAGCUUUGGCUUAUUGGUUUGUUGCGAAACCCACCGAGUCCUUAUCAGCUUAAUGGAGGCUUAACUAGCCAUUUAUCUAACUACUGAAACUGAAGGCUUUAGACCCACCCCGUGUAUUUCUGUCUCGGAGAUAUCUGCAUUGCCAUGUGCCCUCGUAUAACUACAGCCCUGCCCUGGGGUGCAGGGGAGGGCAGGACGGCUAAAGCAAGCGCCGCUUCUUGUCCAAGCGCCCUACAGCUAGGGGGAGAAAAGCCAGCUGGGAUCCCGUCUUGGGGCCAGAGCUGUUAGGAGGGGCAGAAGCAGGGUCACAGCUCUCUGCUCCAGAAUCCUGAUUUCUCGAGCAUGGGGGGGGUCAUGCUUAAUGGUGGGCAAAUGUCCGGUGUUGGAGCACUCAGCCCCUCCCCCCCACCUCCUCAACAACCUCUUGGAUCAAAGGGCUUUGCUUUGGGCUGCAACCAGAUGCCCAUCCUCCACCUGUUUGGGCUGGUAGGAUAAGGAGCCGAACGUGCAUCUAAGCAUGCGGCCGGUGCAUCCGCUGGGGUGCGGCCUGCUGCCCGUCAGUGCUGGGAGAGGUGGCUGCUUGUGCAGAAGGAAGGAGGCGUCCCAUGCCUUCUCUCUAGGGGUUUUCAAGGGGCCCCAACACCUUUGUAUUGAAGUGCCUCUUCCCAUGCAAGCCUGAUACAGCCCUGUGCACGACAGGUCUUUGCAGCCCCUGCUCAUAGGCAUUUACCAUAGAAGGACGGGGAAGAAAUACCAUGCAAGACACUCAUGUAAUCAUCACAUCUCAUGCUAGGUAAAGCUGUGAGAAUGACGACGGGAAGGCUUAAAUAUCAGGGGGAAAUAUUUCACAAGAUAGAGACCUUCUAAUAGACUGGCUGCUCCAGAGUGGCUGUCCUCACUGUUUCAGAGUGGUAGCCGUGUUAGUCUGUAUCAGCAAAAAGAACGAGGCGUCCUUGUGGCACCUUAGAGCGGAAGAUCACCGAUGGGUUGUAGUUUUCUCA